AGAUAUGUUUCUUAUCGGAAUAGUUGUAAUUGUGCUAAUUUGUUGUCUUUUAUAUGGACUUCGAUAUGAACGAGUCCUCAGGCACAUUGACGGGCAGUUUCCGGGUCCUAGAACAUGGCCCAUCGUCGGCAAUUUACUACAACUGGGCUUCACGCCGGACGCCUAUUUAAGGAACAUUUUAAAGUGGUUCGAUCAGUACGAAUACAAAAACUUUCGGCUCUGGGCGGGUCCUCUGCCAUAUGUGGUGCUGAUAGAGGCUCAGUAUGUGGAGCACGUUCUAAGCAGCACAACUCUGACUUAUAAGUACGAGCCGUAUAACUUGAUGUAUCCCUGGCUUGGGAGGGGACUACUCACUGCGAAUGGACACCAAUGGAUGGUGCGUCGUAAGCUAAUUACUCCCUCAUUCCACUUUCGAAUCCUCAAGGACUUUUUGCAUGUCAUGAACGAGACCAGUGGCCGUUUCAUGACGCUUCUGGAACAGGAAUCGUCUUCGGCCCAAAGUCAAGUGCUCGACAUUCAGCGAUUAGUGAUGAGGAAUACAAUUGAUGUCAUUUGUGAGACCGCAAUGGGUAGCCGGGUUAAUAGCAUUGAGGGGCAAACAUCACCCAUUGUGGAAGCUAUGGAGACCCUCUGCAACCUUAUUCCAGAGCGAGUGAUCUCUGUUCUAAAACGUAUAGAUGUGUUCUUUAAAAUGACUUCGUAUUACAAGCAACAACAGAUGGCCUUGAGCACUUUGCGGGUCGAGCUUGAGCAGAUCAUUGAACAGCGACGUCGCUUGAUCAAAACUUCAAGCUAUCAAGCUUCGCAGGUCGACGAUAAGGUCAUGGACGCUAUGCGACCGAAAAUGGCAUUUCUAGACAAUCUCCUCACCGCCGAGGUGGAAGGUCAACCUAUGACAUUCGAGGAAAUUUUUGAGGAAGUUUCCACAUUUAUGUUUGAGGGUCAUGAUACAACAGCCUCGGCGAUAACCUUUGCCAUCUACUGCAUGGCCUCAAUGCCAGAGGUGCAACAAAGGGCAUAUGAGGAGCUGGAGAUCUAUGGAGAUGAAAUAACUCGUCAUCCCACAUACCAGGAACUGCAAGAGAUGAAGUACCUGGACUUGGUCAUCAAAGAGACAUUACGAUUGUUUCCCAGUGUACCAUUUAUUUUUCGCACAACACGUGAGGACACAUUCAUCUUGGACAAAUUCCUACCGAAGGGCACGACCAUUGCGCUUCCCAUCUUGGCCAUAGGUCAUAGUCCACACAGCUUUGAGGCCCCUUUUGAGUUUCGACCCGAACGCUUUGAGGCUGAUAAACGGGUCGAAGCUAAUGCCUUUGAUUUUGUACCCUUCAGUGCGGGUCCCAGGAAUUGCAUAGGUCAAAAGUUUGCGAUGCUGGAACUAAAGGUAACGCUAUCAAAGUUGCUGCGUAAAUUCCAAAUUUAUCCCGCUCCGUUGGCUAAACAAACCAUUGCCCAAGUCUUUCAGCAUCACUACAGGCCUGGGCCCCAAGAGCUGAAGCUUCAUAUGCCCAUUACACUAAAGUCAAUGAGUGGAGUUCCAGUGCGGCUUCAAACACGAUUAUUCGUGCCUGAAAUGUGGUUUAUUUUGUAUGUAAUACUGGCAUUUCCAGUGUUAUUGUUUGCGUACUUUGAACUGAGUAUUGUUCGAAAGAAAAGUUUGUUAAAUAAAGUAAACGGCCCGCCUACUGUAGCGAUCCUCGGAAACGCUCAUCAAGUGGGCAAAAAUCCCACCGAAAUUAUAAACACAUUUUUUGACUGGUGGCAUACUUAUGACAAGGAUAAUUUCCGCUUUUGGGUUGGAUACUAUUCCAACAUACUAAUUUGCAAUCCCAAACAUCUGGAGUAUAUUCUUAGUAGUAAUACUCUGAUUAAAAAAUCGGAUAUUUAUGAUAUGCUUCAUCCGUGGCUGGGACUUGGAUUACUCACAAGCUGGGGCAGCAAAUGGCAUAAGCAUCGCAAGAUGAUAACACCUUCAUUUCAUUUCAAUAUUCUUCAAGACUUUCACCAAGUUAUGAAUGAGAACUCAACCAAGUUCAUAAAUCAGCUUAGCAAAGUUUCAGCUGGCGAUAAUAUUUUCGAUUUUCAAAACGAAACUCACUAUUUGACCCUGGAUGUGAUUUGCGAGACGGCAAUGGGGGUCGCCAUAAAUGCAAUGGGACAGCGUGACUCCAGUAUUGUGAAGGCCUUUAAGGAUAUGUGCUACAGCAUAAAUAUGAGGGCAUUUAAUCCUCUAAAGCGUUCUGAUUUUCUCUAUCGCUUUGCCUCCGACUAUUCUGAAAAUGCCAAGACUCUCAAAAUUCUGCAGGACUUUACCAAUGAAAUCAUCGAGAAGCGAAUUGAGGCCCAUCGUGCAGGUACCGCCAAGACUAUCGAGGGUAAUGAGUUCUCACGGAAGAAGAUGGUUUUUAUGGAUACGCUGCUUUCUUCUAACAUUGAUGGACGUCCUUUGAAUAAGCAGGAGAUAUACGAGGAGGUUUCCACAUUUAUGUUUGAGGGUCACGAUACUACUACAUCGGGUGUUGCCUUUGCCGGUUAUUUACUAUCCAGAUUUCCAGAACAACAGCAAAAAUUAUAUGAGGAGCAGUGCGAGAUUAUGGGCAAUGAACUGAAACGCGAUGCGACCUUUCAAGAAAUCUCUGAAAUGAAAUACUUGGACUUGUUCAUCAAGGAAACGCAAAGAGUUUAUCCCAGCGUGCCGUUCAUUGGGCGCUACACUGAAAAGGAUUAUGACAUACAUGGUACUAUAAUACCCAAGGGAACCACUCUCAAUCUGGGACUCAUAAUGCUCGGCUACGACGAACGCAACUUCAAGGAUCCCCUUCGCUUUGAUCCUGAGCGAUUUGAGCAUAGCAAACCAGGUCCAUUCGAAUACCUACCCUUCAGCGCUGGACCACGCAACUGUAUUGGACAGAAGUUUGCCCUGCUCGAGAUCAAGACUGUCAUCUCUAAGAUAGUACGCUGCUUUGAGGUGCUUCCUGCAAUGGAUGAGCUCGUCUCCAAGGAUGGUUAUUUAAAUACAUAUAUCGGACUGCCAACGGCAGAGAAAAAGGAGAAAGAGAAAAAAGGACACAAAUACGAUCCCAUUUUAUCGGCUGUUCUGACAUUGAAAUCAGAAAAUGGUCUUUAUCUACGCCUACGUGAAAGGAAAUAG